CAGGGUUUUCUUUCUUCCUGCCUCGCCUUCCUGCGGGGAAGGAGGCUCAUGCAUUAUAAAUGCACGGCCUGACAUCACUGCUGCCAUCAGAGACAGACAGAGGCCAGAGGGAUAGAAAGGGGCCCGGCCUGCCAGGACGGCUUCGGAAGCCUCUGCGAGGGGUGGCCCCCCUCCUCUGCGGGGCAGUCAGCCGGCCGACCCCCGGUCUCCAGAGACACGGACAGCCCGAGAGACCUCGCCCUCCCCGCCUCCUCCUCCUCUCCCUCCGCCUGGCCUGCCGGACUCCCCUAGACUUUCUGCAUGACUGUCACGAAGAUGUCCUGGCGUCCUCAAUACCGCAGUUCCAAAUUCCGCAACGUCUACGGGAAGGUAGCCAACCGAGAGCACUGCUUCGAUGGCAUUCCCAUCACCAAGAACGUCCAUGACAACCACUUCUGCGCGGUCAAUGCCAAGUUCCUCGCCAUCGUCACGGAAAGUGCUGGCGGGGGAUCCUUCCUUGUCAUCCCCUUGGAACAAACAGGGAGGAUUGAGCCAAAUUACCCCAAAGUCUGUGGUCACCAGGGCAACGUGCUUGAUAUCAAGUGGAAUCCUUUCAUCGAAAAUGUCAUCGCAUCGUGCUCAGAAGACACGUCGGUGAGGCUGUGGGAGAUUCCCGAGGGCGGCCUGAAGAGGAACAUGACAGAGGCCAUCUUGGAACUCUACGGCCACAGUCGGCGGGUGGGGCUGGUGGAGUGGCACCCGACCACCAACAACAUCCUGUUCAGUGCCGGCUAUGACUACAAGAUUCUCAUCUGGAACCUGGAUAUCGGAGAGCCAGUGAAGAUGAUCGACUGCCACACCGACGUGAUCCUCUGCAUGUCCUUCAACACGGACGGCAGCCUGCUGUCCACCACCUGCAAGGAUAAGAAGCUGCGCGUCAUAGAACCCCGCUCGGGCAGAGUCUUGCAGGAAGCCAGCUGUAAAAACCACCGCGUUAACCGGGUGGUCUUCCUCGGGAACACGAAGCGGCUUCUCACCACUGGCGUGUCCAGAUGGAACACGAGACAGAUUGCACUCUGGGACCAGGAGGACCUGGCCAUACCCCUCACCGAGGAGGAGAUAGACGGUCUCUCCGGACUCCUGUUCCCCUUCUACGACGCGGACACGCACAUGCUCUACCUGGCUGGAAAGGGCGAUGGGAACAUCCGCUACUAUGAAAUUGGAUUGGAGAAGCCCUACCUGAGCUAUCUUAUGGAAUUCCGCUCUCCAGCCCCACAGAAAGGCCUGGGCGUGAUGCCCAAGCAUGGGCUGGAUGUGUCAGCUUGCGAGGUGUUCCGAUUCUACAAGCUGGUGACCCUCAAGGGACUAAUCGAGCCCAUUUCCAUGAUCGUGCCCCGGAGGUCGGAGUCUUACCAGGAAGACAUCUACCCCAUGACCCCCGGGACGGAGCCUGCUCUGAUGCCAGAUGAAUGGCUGGGAGGAGUCAACAGAGAUCCCGUGCUGAUGUCUCUCAAAGAAGGCUACAAGAAGUCUUCCAAAGUUGUCUUCAAGGUGCCAAUAAAAGAGAAGAAGAGCAUGGUGGUCAAUGGAAUUGACUUAUUAGAAAAUGUGCCUCCCCGAACAGAGAAUGAGCUCCUCCGAGUGUUCUUCCGACAGCAAGAUGAGAUUCGAAGAUUGAAAGACGAGCUCUCCCAGAAAGACAUUCGGAUUCGACAGCUACAGCUGGAACUGAAAAACUUACGGAACAACCCCAAGAAUAAUUAAUUCCCGAGGGACGUUUUAUAAAUAAACUCUUUGUUUAGACUUGCUCUUUCAUUCAACUGGGUCUUGACACUGAAAAGGAAUCAGAAAAUUCAUGACCCGCCAACUGACCCUCACGCUCUGUUUCCAUACUCUAAUCUCGCCCUCAAAAGCACCCAAUGGGCAAUCAAUAAAUACCAUUGACGAUGAUGAUGAUGAAUGAUGAUGAUAACUAUGAAUAUGAUGAUGAAAAGACCAGUAAGAUGUAUCUGAAAGCAACUGCAUGGAAGAGAUCUGGCUUUUAUGUUAUAUGCCAGAAGAUUUCUUGACUGUAAGCUUGUUGUGGGCAGGGAAUGUGUCUGUUUAUUGUUACAGUGUACUCUCCCAAGCACUUAGGACAGUGCUUUGCACACAGUAAGCACUCAAUAAAUACAACUAAAUGAAUGAAUGAAUGAAUGGUCUAAGCAGGCCAAGACGGAGUACGAUUAGAACUCCUUGAAAGAAGGCAACCUGAAGAUCCUGAGAUCAGUGAAAGAAAAAUUCCCUACCGAUAGAAUAAAAGCAAAAGGUCUUAUUGACACUUGCCCCUCCUUUGUUCCCCUCCUACCCAACUUCUCACUGGUGCUCUAAAUUAAGGCUUAAUUCCCUGAUAUUAAUUACAAGUCUCCCUUUGCCUUCCUCUCACUUUCAGUGUAUGAGCAGCUUCAAGAAGUCCCACCGUGCAUGUUUUAGGUAUAAAAUCUGACUUUCCUAGCUGCCCUUUCCCUGCCAGUAAUAAGAUCCAUAUAUUUAAAUAAAACAAAACAAGAAAUACAGCUUGUUCCCAUUUUACCCAGCAGUCACGAUUCUUUGGGAGAUUCGUGUGUGGGUAAAUAGGCACACUAAAUGCUGACCUUUCCUGUCUGAAUGUUCCCACCUGGGUUGGAAUCUCAGUCUGUCCUUCCUUCCCUCCUUCCCUUCUUCCUUCCUUCCUUCCUCCUUUCAUUCCUUCCUUCCUUACUCCCUACCCUUGUCUCUCUGUCUCCUCCCUCUCGCUUUUCCAUUUUCUCCCUCCUUCACCUUCCUCUCUCUCCUCUUUUUCUCUUGUCUUUGUUUCUCUCAACAUUUGGUAUGGUUGGCAGGGUUGGACUAAACAAUCUUGUGUUCAGCACUCAACAUCUCCACAUUCGUUUCUUACCCAGUGGAUGAACCACAGGGUUUCUGAGCUGCCCAAACCCUGUACACACCCAAACCCUCAGCAGUGUGAGUCAGACCCAAAGGAGUCUUCAGGGCACGGGAAGGCAGGAUAUACUGUAAGUUUUGUUUGUUUAUGGUAUUUGUGAAGCGCUUACUGUGUGCCAGGCACUGUACUAAGUGCUGGGGUAGAUA